AUCGCGAUCUCCUUGGGUCCAUCCGAAAUCUAGCUACCAUCAGCAAGUGGCCCCUCGCCGAUACCACACUCCAGAUGGCCAAAGAAGAAUCAAAGUACGGGUUCAAAGACAAGGCAAAGGCGGAAGAGUCGCUGGAGCUACUAAAAAUUGAAGACCCAAAGUAUCAACAGCUGACUGUGCGUGGCCUUAUCGGAAGGGCUAAGCGGGUGCUAACGCUCACCAAAGCGGAAGAUAAGGUUGCCAACAUAAAAGCGGCAAUAGAAACUUUCGAGCAAUGGCUGGAAGCAAACAGCACCACCUCUAGCACGAAAAACGCGAAGCCAAAAGAUUCGGAAGAAAAGGUAGAAACGGUGCCCGGCUUAGGCUUUAAAGAUAAGCAAGCUGCUGAGCAAACGCUGAAAAUAUUGGAAGAUCGUGAUCCGGACUAUCAGAAGCUCGCCAUCAAGGGUCUGCUGGGGAGUGCGAAGCGAGUGCUGCCUGCCACCAAAAACCCGGAAAAAUUGAAAUCAAUCAAGGAAGCCAUGACACUGUUUAACGACUUUCUCGAUCAAUUCGACCGUGAAGAGCGCGGUAAACAAAACAUGCCUUAUCUACCGAUCGAGCUCAUCCGGCAGUUACCGAAACCGAAAGAUCAUACGGAUUCACUGACCGAGGAGUUUCUCAGUUGCUACCAAACGGUGGCCAAGGGAAACUACAAGCACCUGCGUACUAAAGCGCCGGCCAGUUCGAGCAGCACCGAUGAUGAUGCUGACCCUAAGCCCACCUGGGACAUCAUACGAAACCGAAAGUUGCGUGUGCUAAAGCCGGACAGUAGCGUCAAACUGUUCGAUUCGGAUGGCAAACCGACGGAGCGUCACUUGCAGCUUAUUCAAUGGGCGUACAGUCCGCAGGUGGACAAACUGAAGAGCUUCUUGGCCAAACAGCCAACCAAGGCUGAACCGAGCAAUGAUCGGAAGCGAUCACGUACAUCCUCUUCUUCUGAGGAAGAGGCACCGGGAAAUGGAAGGGAUGCACGAAAGGAUGGAGCAAGGAAAAAGUCGAAAAAAUAA